ACAUCAAUUUAUUAUUCUUAGCGUUCACCUCCUCGACAUUAGAAUAUAACUUGACUAAAUACUCUGCUCCUGGGGUGGAGGUAGGUUUGACCGACUUUUUGAUGGUAACGACUCCUUCACAGGUGGGGAACUUUCAGCGGCAUCUUCAGUUUAACAUUGGCCUUCGUAACAUUCAGAGUUGAGGAGUACUUGGAGUACAAUCAAAGUGUUAGAUAAAUUUUUAUAGUGUUUACGGUCCGGAUUUUUUUCUCAAAAGGGAAGGGAGGACUGAGAGGGAAUAACAAUGCGACUAUCAACUGUGUUCGAGCUCCUGUUGAUAUUUCUGCUGAUCGCUUUCGCUGCAUAUGGACGAGUCAUCGAUCGCAAUGAGACUAUGUUGCAUCGAGUGGCGCGAGCCAAAAAACCAAAUUUCGGCGUAUCCUUCAUGUCUCUCAAGCAGGCAACGGAAAAUGUCAACAAGCACUGCACCUGCAAUGAGAAUAUCUGCAAUUGCUGCAGAAAUUUCCAUAUUCCAUUAGUCAGAGUUCAAGGACCAGGAUGUGCUUCUCUGCAGUAUCUGAAAGAAAAUAAUCUCGCUGUUCAGUUGAGUUUUGGAAAGAAUAUCUUAACCAGCACAGUAAUCAGCGGGAAGAAGCCCCGAGCAAUCUGCGUACCAAUGCCCGGUGGCCUGACAAAAUUCUGCGGUAGAAUUUACUCGAUCGAGCGUGAAGCGCAGAAUCACUUCAAAGCGUGUUUGGGUUUGGAGUUGCAGUCGGCAUCGGAGCUGGAAGCCAGCCUUCGGGUGAGCUGCUUCAGAUUCGGCCCAGAUGGUCUCCAGCUGCGUCCAGCUGAGAGUCUCCCAGUGAUCGAUCCACCAAAACCCGACACCGAAGACGACGAUGACGAUGAUUACGAUAUUUUCGGUUUGGACGAUGACCCAGAAAGCGAUGAAAAUCCCCCAGCGAAAAAUCCUCAAGCCCCCCAGUCGGAUGACGACGACGACGAUGACGACGAUGAUGACGACGUCCUGGGCUUCGGUGCACUCCUCGAUAUAUUCACGGGAGAGGACAGCAGCAGCAAGAGAAAGACGACAACCGCAGCUCCGCUGCUCCCGUUCACCAUUCCAUUGAUAACGAAACCAUCGCCAACGGUUUCAUCGUCUCCCCCGCCCGUGAAAAUCACCAAACCGACAGAGCUGAUACCCCUGGAGACGAAAAACCCAACAAAAAUGCCGCAAUUGCUGAGUACAGUGCCAAGUGAGAGCGAGGAUAUGACGACUGAUCAGAUUAUCAAGGACGAGCUGACAGAGGCCAGCGGGGACGCAGCUUCUCCAGAGGAGGUCAUCGCGGAUGAGCAAUUGGGAGACGUUGAAGAGUCCACCAUGGCUUCGACCGCGGAGGAGACACCACUGGAGCCGUCUUCGGACCCCGUGACGUCUCCUGAAGUCGCCUCGACGGUCCUCGCCCCCGAGAAAACCGGAGUGAAAAAGCUUGUGGGAAUAAAAACCGUUAAGAAGCCGAGUCUCACCGCUAACAGUCCCAACGCCAUUGUCAGCGAUGCCAAGCCUCUCUCGAAGCCCGCGAAGCCGGACCCGACUGACAACUCCGAUGAGGACGAGGAGGACUACAUCCUCGCGAGUGACUCCGAGGAGGAAGAUGAGACUGAGAAUACCGCUGAUGAGACUGAGCCGGAGGACGACGAGGAAGAGGAGGGUGAGGACGAGAGUGAAGAGGAGGAGGACGCGGCGCUAGCUGCUCUCGUCUCCGACGAUUCGGAUAACGCGAAAGACGAGAAAGUCAGUGAUAACGAGACGUCCAAGCCGGGGGAGGACGACGCGGACUAUGGGAUGGGGCUUGAGGAGCUCUUGGCGAGGAAACGAUCAUCGAGGAGACGAUGGAGCGGACGACAGAGCAAAGUUAUGAGAUUGUAAUCCGCUGGAGUUUUGACUUUUUACGAUUUUUGCGGGAAUUUUCUAGGGGGUUUUACAGGGAGUGAAAAAUUGAGGGAAACUACGUGAUUACAAUGGUAAUCGUGUGCGGAAGAAUAAGUUGAGUUCUCACGUAUUUUUUGCAGUAUUUUUCUCUCCAUGUAUCGAUCAGGUAUUGGUCCCUUCAAUGUACAAGGUGCAAAGUAUUAUACAACGGGGAAUUAAGGAGCAAUUAUUGGUCAAUUUUCAAAAAAAAAUCCAACAGUGUGAUUUGAAUGAUUGUUAAGUAAUCGCUGAUCCUGUAUUUAUAUUAUUUAUUUAUUUAUUUCUACCUCUUCUCCGUAGUUUAUGAUAAUUUCCAACUGCGAUUCUCCCGCUUGAGCCAUAAUAAUACUGUAACGACUUCUGAAAAAAAAUCAUGUAAAUUAUCGGUCUUGAUUGAAUAGAAUGUUUUCUCAUGAAA